GAAACUGACGUCCCUUGUUGUGUUGUGCAGCCUGCAGCUUUCCUUUCGCAAAAAUGUCUUGUUCCUUCCAUGGCCGCAUCGCUUCCUUUCGACGCGCACGAGGCUUCUAGCUUCGCUUCUAACUCGUUGAAGCCCAGAGCUCUAUAAUGGCCGCCUCAACUCUUUCCUUCUCUGUCUAAUACCUGCUUUCAUUUCCUUAUCCGGCUUUCGCGAGUUUGGGACGUCAGUGUGGGAUGCUUUGAUUACAUGUUUUUGUGCUGUUUAUAGGUCUUGAGAUUGUUGCAUCUUGUCUUCAGGCUUUUCUUUUCUUUUGUUUCCCCCCUCCGUCGGAGCUAGCGCAGAAGAGAGUAAAAAAUGAACAGAAGAUGGCUGAGUGACGCAUCCUAUGAAGAAAGCUUGGCAUCGGAAAUUGUAUUUUUGAGCUAAAAAAGAAAAUUUACUUGUGCUUCUUUGUUUAUCAUGAGUUGUAUGUGGAAGCGCUUGCAGAUUUACGGUUUUUUCUGGAAGAAAGUCUAAGGAGAAAAGGGGAGUUAGAAGUGAUGGGAUCUCCGACCAAGUAGGUACAAAUGUCUGGAAUGGCAAAGGAUGAAGAUUCAGGCAGUCCCAGUUGGGCUUCUUCAUUUUUUAUGCAGACAACAGAGGAUGUGGCAAGAGCCGUUGCUGCUGCUGCAACUGUUGUUAAUUCGCCAAGGCCAUCUGUAAUAUUUUCAUCUAAAGAUGAUCAUAGUAGUGGCAAUCUUCAAAGGUUCCAGAAUCAUGUUUCAAAAUUAAUAAAAGGCUUCUCACGCACUUCUGAUGUUAAAGUUGCAAAUUACAAUCCUGAAGUCCUAACAAGUCAGAAGCGACAAUGGGCAGAAAACUUUCAGUUGCAGUACUUGGACCAUAGGUCUUGGAAGGAGCCGACACGGCUGUUUGAAAGCAUGGUGGUUGUGGGACUUCAUCCUAAUUGUGACAUUCAGGCACUGCAGAGGCAAUAUGUUGAAAGAAAAUCUGAAGGUUCUGGUAAAUUUAGAAGUUCACUUGGCCAUCAGAAUCAGUCCCGCGUAGAACCCAGUUUUGAGCCACAGGUCUUGUUUGUUUACCCUCCAGAAAAACAUCUGCCUCUUAAAUACAAGGAUCUCGUCUCCUUCUGCUUUCCUGGAGGCCUCGAGGUUCGUGCUGUCGAGAGAACCCCUUCCAUGAGUGAGUUGAACGAAAUUCUUCUUGGGCAGGAACACCUUAAACAAAGUGAUCUGUCAUUUGUAUUCAGGCUACAGGGUGCUGAUAAUUCAACACUUUAUGGGUGCUGUGUCUUGGUUGAAGAAUUAGUACAAAAGCCCUCGGGAUUGCUCUCCCUGAUUUCCGAUAAGCAGCCACCAUCAUCUUUGAGACGUCAUAUAUUAACCACACAGAGAUGUUAUUGCAUUCUUUCAAGGGUCCCAUUUUUUGAAUUGCACUUUGGUGUAUUAAAUAGCAUCUUCACCCAAGAAAGGCUAGAGCGGUUGACAAAAAGUAUUGGAGAUUUAAAUUUAGAAUUCGUUGAAGGUAACCAUGAGGAGGAACCCCCAGAGGACAAUCCUGAGAGCGUCUUGGUGGAUACUAGACCAACAGAAGACAGAGCUGAUGAAAUGGUGAUAAUCCCAGACUCAAGCUCAGGAAAUUCCAUUCCUGAAAGCGUUGUGGGUGAUGAUAAUCACUCAGAGCACCAAAUGGCUAAUGGAAAAUUGCCGAAAUUGAAGGAGAAUGCUGGUGAUGAAAUUGUUGUACCAGUUGAUUCUGAAUCUGAACAGACAACUACCAAAGGUGAACCUGGCACUAUGAGUUCUGAGGAUAGUGAUUUAUAUGGAGACACCUAUGCAGCAAACAAGCAAUCAGAAGAUAAGCGCUUCCCAAAUGCUAUUCUGCCGCUAUUGCGCUAUAGCCAGUAUGAAAGCUCUGAAUCUUCCUGCAGUUUCCAAGGUUCACCUUGUGAAGACAGAAAUUUUAGGAGUGAUAUUGAUGAUACUGAGACAGAAGAGGCUUCUAUUUCUGGGCAAGAAGAUUUAAAUGAUCUUCUAGAUAUUCUUGAAUGGGCUAAGGAAAAUAACAAUGGACCAUUACAGAUUAUAAGCGAGUAUUAUCGAUUAGGUUGCCCUGCGAGGGGCUCAUCACUUAGGUUUCAUCCAAUGGAGCACCUACAUCCCCUGGAAUAUCAUAGACAAGAUGAGACUGUUCUUCGGCUGGCUGGUUCAACUUUUGAUUUGAAAUCUUUUAAAACAGGUCUGGAAUGGGCUGAGGCGCAAAACGCACUUCUUGCAGAGGAGGAGGCAACUGCAUUAUCUAUAUGGGCUGUAGCUUGCAUAUGUGGUACCUUAAAACUUGAAAAUGUUUUAGCAUUUUUUGCCGGAGCUCUGUUGGAGAAGCAGAUAGUAGUUGUCUGCUCUAACUUGGGCAUCUUAUCUGCUUCAGUCUUAUCAGUUAUCCCUCUAAUCCGCCCCUACCAAUGGCAAAGCCUACUGAUGCCGGUUUUACCAAAUGAUAUGCUGGAGUUUUUGGACGCACCUGUCCCCUAUGUAGUUGGUGUCAAGCACAAGACAAACGAAUUACAGUCAAAGUUAACCAAUGUUGUGCUGGUUGAUGCCAACAGAAACCAGGUGAAGUCAUCAACAAUGCCGCUGUUGCCCCGACAAAAAGAACUAGUCUCUGCUCUACGUCCUCAUCAUGCAAAACUUGUAGGGGAAAGUUACUUGGCUAGAAAAAGGCCAAUGUAUGAGUGCACCGAAGUGCAGGUUGAAGCUGCCAAGGGCUUCCUAUCAGUGUUGAGAUCUUACUUGGAUUCUCUUUGCUGUAACAUUCGUUCCCACACAAUUACUAAUGUACAGUCCAAUGAUGAUAAGGUAUCCUUGCUUUUGAAGGAAAGUUUCAUUGAUUCGUUUGCAUAUCGUGAUCAGCCUUUCAUGAAGCUCUUCGUGGAUACACAGCUAUUUUCUGUCCAUACAGAUCUUGUUCUUUCUUUCUUCCAAAAGGAAUAGGGCUGCCUGCCAAGCUAAAAUUUCUUGGAGUGGUACUGCCUUGCUGCUAAGAUUAAACGUAAGCUAGUCAUUCACCCAAAAAAAAAAAAAAACGUAAGCUAGUCAUUGUAUAAUUUUUCUUGAAAUUAUGAUUGGGUUUAAAUUAUAUCCAUUUGACAUGCACCCCAAGUCUCCCCAUUCCUCCUUAAUGUAUUCCUAUUUUUGGCUUUUCGCGGGACCUGUAAAUAAUUAGUGAAAUAAUAUAUGAAAGCUAUAAAUUAUUAUAGGGGUUUACAUCAUAUGUACAUGACAAUUUUCCCAGCACUAUAAUGAGAGGCUGUGAACCAUAUCAUGCAAAAUGUAAGUAGUGCCUAUAAAUUUUCUUUUUA